AAUGACAUGUUCCCCCCACAACGCGCGCCCCGGCCGGGAAGCUUGCGCACCAAGUGUCCGCUCCAAGUGCCGAUCGAAUCCAUGACUUCAGAACUUUUUGGACUAGGUAGCUUGCAAGGGGGCUACCGAACGAUAUUGGCUCAAUAAUACCAGAAUCUACUCCUCAGAGUCAGAGAGAAAAAGAGAGUGCGCCCGACCGCAGCACGCCAGCCCGGACCCAUCGGGCAACCAACAUACGGGUAACGGGACGCCGAUGACACCUCUUAAGUCCGCAUACCCGACCCCCGGGGACACACCUCAGUCCAUUUUACUCUCUUUUCUCCAGGCACCGCCCGAUGUUUGACGUAGGCAGGCAUCUCCCGCGCAACAUUCAUUAAGGACCCCUCCCGCGCGCUCCCUUUCGCGUAUGAGACUUACAGCCAACGACAUAAUACCUACCAAACGUGGUCAGACCUCCUCUUCGAGUUCUUUUUUUGUUUUUCACACCUUCAGCCCAAAGUCUCGUGAUCCCUUCAAGAUCUGCCACGAACAACGUUUGCGAUAGUGAACACAUGCUUUUUUGGUAAGUGAUGCAGUCUUGAGUCCACUUUUCCCUACAAUCGUCAUACCUCGUCAUCACCACUCCCAAUUGGCGUCGUGAGCCUGGGUGUAGUACACCAACUGUACCCUCAGCGAACAGCCUCCUUUGGCUCAACACCGUCGUGAAUCCUUGGCAGCACAAGCUUACGCCCUCACAGAAGGACAACAUCCCCAAACACAAAGGCAAACACAUACACACACACCUGCCCAACAUGAGAAUAUUAUCAUACUGGAUCUUCCCCAUCAUAUCGGGCCUCGUCUGGCUCGGCAUGCUCCUCGGCAUGCUCCUCUACUGGAUCAUCGACACCCACCGCACAAUCUACCCCUCCAUGUCGCCGCCCCAGUCCAUCGCCUACAUCAGCGACGUCGGCGCCUACUACCUCAAGCCCCUCUUCAUCACCGGCUGCGUCCUCACCACCGUCUUCCUCGACCUCUCCUUCUUUUCCGACCGCUGGCUCCGCCACAAGGGCCGCCUCGUGCCCAACACCUCCAUCGGCGAGAAGAUUCUCUACGGCUUCACAAUCUUCUUCGCCAUCAUCGGCACCGUCGGCCUCAUCUGUCUCAGCAUCUUUGACACCUACCGCCACAAGAACCUCCACCUGCUCUUUCUGCUCUUCUUCAUGGGCGGCUACCUGCUCUCGGCCAUCUUCAUUUGCUGGGAGUACCAGCGCCUGGGCAUCAAGUACCCGGACCACACCUACCUCGCCGCCUCCUUCUGGAUCAAGCUCGUCUUCAUCCUCGUCGAGAUCGUCCUCGCCAUCGCGUUCAUCGUCUGCAACUUUAAAGAGAUUUACAACGCCGCCGCGAUCCUCGAGUGGAUCGUCGCCUUCAUCUUUUCAUUUUACAUCUUUUCGUUUACCGUCGACUUGCUGCCCGCGUCCAAGACGAGGAACAAGGCGAAUAGAUUCUCGAAGCCAGGGAUGAGUCAAUGGACUGGCGCUGGACCGGGGAACUUUUAAGGAGUGAGGUUUGAAGAGUUUAUGUGAUAAUGGGAAUGGAAUGGGAAAUAGGAUACGACUAAAAGAAAAGAGAAGAUAGAUAAUGAACUGGCGGGAGGAGUAAUCGCGGGCACGACGAAGCUCGUGUUGUAUGAAUUGGCAUCUGCAUACCCAGGGGACAAAGAUUACGAACAGCAGGCGUUUUGGGCGUAGUCACUUUACGCACAUCUUAGAAUUACAGGUAGCAUUUACAAAUCCACUGUAUACGUGCGAUACAAUAUUACCGA